UAAACUGACGGCGCUGUCGUAACUGUCGUGUUGUUAUCUUUGUGCUGCUUUAAGUGAACUUUAAACAUCUUAAAUGUCACGAACUGCAGUUCAGUCGCCGUCGAGAAACUCACGUGUGUCUGGAUUUUCUCUGCUCAGAUACAAGCCUGUCACAUCCUCGCUGUAUGUGGAGUCUGAUGAUGGGUUUGUGGCAGCCAGUGACCAACCUAAGAGAUUAUGUAUCCCAGAAUCCUCCAGCGGUGACAUUUUUCCUGUGUCUGCUGAUUCUGGCUGUCUCAUUCAUCGGCCUCAGCUCUUACAGCUACACUCACACUCUGCCUAACCCUGACACAGUAAAGGACUGGAACCAUCUCCUGUCCUCAUUGUCACAGUUCCAGCUGUGUGCCAAAGCCAAUGCAAGUUCAUCUGAGUUUGUCUCGCCAGUCCCCUCCCCUCUGAUGGAUACAGACACUCUUAACUCUACAGAGACUCCUUCUGUCAGCCGUUUGCAUCUUAAGGUUCCUGUAGUUGUGACUUCCAACUCAAACAGUGGCUCUCUAAAGGAUCUUGGACUACACGCUGUCCUCAAAGCCAGGCAGCUACAUCUUGGAGGCAAUGAGACUGUUAAUGUGACUCUAGAGUUUUUGUCUGGAAAUGAUACCUACACCUGCCUCACCAUAAGUGCUCCAACACAACUCCUGCCUAUGAGGCUACUUCCACCAGAGUGCCCUGCAUCUGAGAAAAACAUCUCACCCAUCCACGUGGAAGCGAGCAACCAGCCGCCUACAGCAUUACAAACCUGCUACAGUCUACACUCCGAGAAUGACCCAACACUCACAAUCAUGUUAACACAGGAGGAGCAGAGUGUGGCAGAGCGGCAUCUGUUAGAAGUCAGUGUGUGUCUGCUAGCCGUUUGUCUGAUACUCUGUUUAGCUGCUAGUCUGACACAUUCGCUCAUACGUCGACACCACUGGAAUGGACUGGAUCUACAAAAUGAGCCCUUAAUUGACACCUGAACAUUGUUCCUCCUCUACAUCCAGAAGAAAUCAGUUGCUCUCUUGACAGAGAACAGAAAUAUUUGUCACUUGUUUUAAGGCAUCCAACCAGUUUUACAAAGGAAACCAGUUUACAUGUCAUGGGGAGUACUGCUCAGCCUGUGAAAACACUGUGUAAGGACUCUGGGACUCUGGAGGGAGCUCUCUGAAGCCUGAAAAAUAAACCCAGGUGAUGUCACCAGGGUUAUCUCAGCUUGGGUUUAGAGACUAUUAUUUAUGUAGGAUCUAGCAAUUUCAAGCUUGACUCAUACUGGGGAGUAAAAGUCAGUUUCUUCUGCAUUAAUUUUGACCAUUUUUAAUCGAUUAACAUGUUUCCAAACUUGUAAGUGCAAUACUAAAACAGUAUAUGUAUUAUACAAUAUCCAAAUCAUAAACUCAGAUACAGAGAUAUAUUAAUACAGAUACAGUGAUAAAGAAGGAGUAUAUUUUUUUAAUGGGACCAUGGUGUAAUGAGGACAACUGUCCAGCUACUCUGUUUAUUAGUCAUACAUUCACUAUCCAGUCUGUUAUGUUCAGUGCAUUCCAGGACUUAUUUGCUUUCUGUUGAACUACCUUGUCUUCUUCAGUUCCAACGUUUCCCAGAAUUACUGUCAAUAACUUGUAGAAAAUGGACAUUUACAUGUUGCAUUCAGCUGAGUGAGAGCUCACUCUAUUGAGACUAAGUGUUAUUCCAGUCAAAACGUAAUUAUUAUUUUUUUUAAACUGUGAAAGUAUUCUUUGUUUCUAAUUUCUACUGGACCAAAGGUAUUUGGGUAGGCUCGGCUAGUUUGCCUGUUUAGCACUUUAAUUUAAAUAUGCUGACAUUGAAAGCUCAUUGAAUCGAGACUUCAGAUCUACAAUUGAAGUAUUCUUGUAUACAACUGCAGUGUGUUAUAUGACUUUCACAGUGCUAGAACCUUUAAGAAACACUGAAAUGUAUCUUACUCCUAAUUGAAUUUGUAAGCAACAGAUAGUGUUUAAGUUAGAAAAAAGAAAAGGGGUGCAACAUCUGCAACGUCGCUUUAAUACAAGCCAUUUGUAAAUUGUUUUAAUAACAAAGAGUUAACAGGACACUAAGUAGAGUAAAUGUGAAAUUACUAGUGUUAUUAAUUUACUGACAUGUCCUCCAAUCUGCAAUCCAAUGAUUUUCACAUUACAGUGGUCAAAAAGGCAUCCUGUUUUCCAAGUUUUAACAAGAAUGAAACUUUAAUAAUGAUUAAUAUAAAAACUGGAUGGAAACUGGA